UGGCUUUUUAUUGCUGGCGCUUGGCGAGAAGUUCCUCUCUCCAAAGGGAGGGACAAGCCUCUCGGAAGAGGUUCUGCCUUUUUUCCUGGGGCGGAAGACGCUUUUGAAUUUUGAUCCCACCCUUCUUCUGGACACUUUCCUUUUUUUUCUGGCCAGGGAAGCUCUCACAAUUACCCAGAGAGAUCUCGCCUUUAUUUAAUGUUAGAUGCUGCCUGUAAAUUCGAAAAAUAUGAAUUUACGUGUACUCCAGAAAACAGACGUGUUUGGUUUUAUUUUUAAUUUAACCUCAAAUGAAUGCUGUGAUUUUUAUCUAAUUCAUUUUUCCAGUUUGCUGCAAGUUUUCCUGAACAGUUGAUUGAAUUUGCUGUGCAAAGCAUUCAUUACAGAAACAAAAUAUAAAACGAAAUAUAAAAACAUAGCUGAAAAACUAAUCGAGAGAGUAGCAUUUAUAUAUAGCUAUACUCAGGACUCUUACAAAUAUUCCCAAAUAUUUCAAAAUGCUAUGAGGGAUCAAGACUUUUAGAAUCACAUUUGGUUUAAUUCUCUUGAUCCUAUGCAGCAUUUCCAAAUAUAUAUAUUUUAAUAUUCUAAAACUAUGCAUGUAUAUUCUAACACAAAUCAAAACCUUCAUUUAUUUGCUCUCAGGUUUUUAACUGUUGUAUUUCAACCUGUCUACAAACUGAAGUAGUAUGAAUGCGAUGGCUUUAAAUAAAUUUGAUGUUUUUUAGUUGUCUGAGAUAUAUAUUGCUACAUUGCUGGCAAACAGAUUUUAAAAGAUGGAUUUGGCCAACCAUGGACUUAUUCUUCUACAGCAGCUUAAUGCUCAGAGGGAGUUUGGUUUCCUGUGUGACUGCACAGUUGCUAUUGGUGAUGUGUACUUUAAGGCACACAAAUCCGUCCUUGCCUCUUUUUCCAACUACUUCAAGAUGUUGUUCGUUCAUCAAAGCAGUGAAUGUGUCCGUUUGAAGGCAGCUGACAUACAGCCAGAUAUUUUCAGUUACCUCUUGCAUUUAAUGUACACUGGAAAGAUGGCACCUCAGCUCAUAGAUCCUGUUCGACUCGAGCAAGGGAUAAAAUUCUUGCAUGCAUACCCGUUGAUCCAGGAGGCCAGUCUAGCCAGCCAAGGAAACUUUGCACACCCAGAGCAAGUUUUCCCAUUGGCAUCAUCAUUAUACGGUAUUCAAAUUGCAGAUCACCAAGCAAGAAAUCCCACAAAGGCAGUGACAGCACCUGACAAGCCUUUGAGAGAAGCACGACCCCAGCUCUCAAGAGUGAAUCAAGAACAGGUACAUGAACCACCCCAAAUAUCCCAGAUACCACCACCAAGUUUGCCUCAAGUGCCCCCAACAAAUAUAGCUCCCCCUGACCCACUGCAGUCUUCACUGUCUCCCGAGUUAGUAUCAGCUCCUUCUCAUCCUUCACCUGGAGAUGAAACCAACAUGGAAGCCUCUUCCUCAGAUGAUCAACCUGCCUCUCUCACAAUAGCGCAUGUCAAGCCAAGCAUUAUGAAAAAAAAUGGAAGCUUUCCCAAAUACUAUGCCUGCCACCUGUGUGGUCGACGUUUCAAUUUGCGAAGUAGCUUGCGUGAGCAUCUCCAGAUUCACACAGGAGUGCCCUUCACAUCCAACCAGCAUGGGGAAAGUAGCAUUCCCUUAUCCCUGUGUAAUAAUGCUCCUGAAAAAGAUGCUAUGGAAGCGACUGAAGCCGGAAUGAUCAGUGACAGUGAGCUGCAGCAGAUCUCAGAUUCACCCAUAAUUGAUGGGCAGCAGCAAGCAGAAACCCCCCCGCCCUCAGAUAUUGCUGAUAUUGACAAUUUGGAGCAAGCAGAUCAAGAAAGAGAAGUGAAAAGGCGGAAGUAUGAAUGCUCCAUUUGUGGACGCAAGUUCAUUCAGAAAAGCCACUGGAGAGAGCACAUGUACAUACAUACCGGCAAGCCUUUCAAGUGCAGUACUUGUGACAAAAGUUUCUGCCGGGCCAAUCAAGCUGCUAGGCAUGUAUGUCUCAACCAAAGUAUGGACACCUACACUGUGGUGGACAAGCAGACUCUGGAGCUCUGUACAUUUGAGGAAGGCAACCAGAUGGACAAUAUGUUAGUACAGACCAACAAACCCUAUAAGUGCAACUUGUGUGACAAGACAUUCUCCACACCUAACGAAGUUGUCAAACAUUCUUGCCAAAGUCAGAACUCGGUCUUUACUUUAGAAGAGGAAAGAUCCAUUCUGCUAAGUGGAGAUGCUGAAACUACAGAGAGUGAUCAUUCAGUUUUAGACUCUAUCAAAAAAGAACAGGAAGCAGUAUUGUUAGACUGAUCGUGAAACUUGGGUUUUGUUUUUUUGUAACAAAAGGUUAUGUUUGUUUAUUCAUAUUUUUUAUUAGACUUAUCUUCCUCCCUCCCCCCCCCCCCCACCAUAACUUCACUGACAUGAAAGGAAGUCUGGCCCUUUUCCCAGCCUAACAUUAAUAAAGGGUAUUAUAUCAAAUUAUAACUAUUGAUUUUAAUGAUAAAGAAAAUAUGUAAGAGUAAUUCCUUAUCUUGGAAACUAUGCUACAGUGAUAAAUGGCUCAAUGACAGGACUGUAAACAAUUUGAAAGAUUGUUUAAUUAUAUGCUUGAAUGCACUGAGAAGGUGAGAAGAAAACUGUUGGUCAAGUUUCAAUUGUUUAUUCUCAAACCUGAUUUCUUAUUAGAGGAAGAUUAGUUAAGGAAAUUGAAUUACUAAGAGAAAUGCCUAUAGUUAUGCCUAUUAGUCAUUUCAGAAACUGCUUUAAUAGAAGCAAUCCAUUUUUUUUAACCUACAGAAUUUUUGACAAAUGUUUACAUCAGCUCAGUCCACUGAUACUAUGUCCAUUCACUAAGAAUAAGAAUAUGAUCCUAAGCACAGUUGAGUUGGCAGUAGAUCCUAUCCAGGGCACUCAAACUACUAAGCAAAAUGUGCUUAGGAUCAUAUUUCAUUCAAAUAGCAGUAAUAAUGUGAUGGCAAUCAUUUUAUAUGCAUAACGUGUGUGCCUGUGUGCGUGCACAAGUGUAUAUACUUCAGGCAUGUAUGUACCGCAUGCACCCUUUUCAAAUUGAUCACUUUUUUGAACAACUGAACCGUUUUUAAUAUCAGUAAAAAUACACUUUUUAGAAGUGUAUUUAAAUUACACGGACCAUAUGACUAUUUAUAUCUCAUUGAAUGGAAAAAAAAAAUAAUGUUGAAAUUUAUUAUUGCUCAAAACCUGAAGGAAGUGAAUUAGAAGAACUCCACAAAGUAGUCCUUGUACCCAACUCCCUAUGGGAGUAACAGUUUUCAGCCUGUUUUUGAGAUACAGAAAAGAAGAAAAACAAUCAAAGCAAUUGUCUGAAUUCACCUGAUUAAUACGUGAAAAUUAAGAGAAAGGGAAACUGAUCUUAUUUUUUAAUUACUAGCAUCAUUUUAUAACAGAACAAAAUAGAAGAAUGACCAAAUUAUAUCAUGGUUUGUUUUCAGGUUAAAGUGGAACUUCGAGUGGCAUCCUCUCUGUUCUUUGUAUUACAGUUUCUUAGGUUCCAGUCUGGCAAAAUAGGCAACAAAUAAAGGGGACACCUUGUACAGUCACUUGACUAUGGAUAGUCUAUCCACCAUUCAAAAUCAGGUUGUUGAUUUUUAUCUUUAAUAUAUAAAUAUAUGGAUAUUCUCCAAUAGCCUAAAAAAAAAAACCCUAAAUUGACAAGUGUUUUCUAAAAUCCCACUGAAAUGCAGGCAAGUAUUUUGAUGGGGGAGAAAGGGGAGCAGAUAUUGCUCUGCUCUUGUAUACAUGUUUUGUUUAAGUAUCAUCUUUUUUGUGUCUAGAUAUGUUCUCCAGUUUGUAAGUUUUUAUACUUUAUUUCACAGAAUAAAAAUGGUAUAAAAAAGAA